GUCAUAAUCAUAUUGUCAAUGCCAGUUGGUCGCCAAAGUUAAAUUCCAAUCAAUUCUAUAUUCCCAUCAAUAAUGUAAACAAUGAAAUAGACUACUUAUCGAUUUUCUCUCAUUUGAUAAAUUCCAAAUUUAGUUUCUAAAUAAAACGUGUUAUUUUUAAAAUGGAUGAAUCCAAAAUUGAAACCCUUUUUGAUUUAAAUAAUGCUAUAUUUUCUAAUCAUUAUUUCUUAGUGGGAGGAGCGUUUCUCAUUUAUUUGGUGUAUCGAAUAUUUCAUUCCUUACUUGCUGAUAAUAAUUAUAUGCGAACAAGGUAUCGGACCCGAGGUCAUACAUGGAGAAGCAUUCAGUGUAACAAAUCUGUACCCUACAAUAUAUACUGCACAAAUUGUUGUAAAUUGAUGCUACCGGUAGUGGGACUAUUUUGUGAAUGUUGUGCUGUAAGUGCAUGCAAGAGAUGUCGCAGAUCUGUUGAUAAAAAAUUUAGAUGUAAACCAGUGUCUUGGCCUGCUGAUAAACCGUUUUAUCAUCACUGGGUUCAUGUGGGAACAAGCCAAUCAGAUGAAAGUGAGGAUCACAAUGAAGAAGGUUUAAAAAAAUACUUCUGUGCUUGGUGUCAAAGAACAAAAUUGUGUGCUCAUACAAGUAAUCUAGAAAAUGAGCAAUGUGAUUUUCAAAAGUACAGGAAUAUAAUUAUUCCACCUGCAUGUGUACAGUUAGAAAGAGGAGUUGUUUCUAACAUUAAACAUCCAGGUGACAGUGACUGGGAACCAUUCAUUAUAGUAGCUAAUCCCAAGUCUGGAAGCAACAGGAGUGAUGAAGUUCUAUCUUUAUUCAGGGGACUGCUGAACCCUAUUCAAGUGGUAGAUAUUAGUUCGACUUCUCCCGAGAGUGUGGUGCGAUGGCUGCCACCGAGAUGUCGCAUACUCGUCGCUGGCGGAGACGGGACAGUAGCCUGGGUUAUGAAUUCGUUGUUCUCUUUUCCACAUGUCAAGGCGGCUGUUGCGAUUUUGCCCAUGGGUACCGGAAACGAUCUGUCUCGUGUGCUGGGGUGGGGCGCGGGCGGACACACCUCUCUGGAUGCACACAGCAUCAUCAGCUCUGUAAGACAAGCCAAUCAUCAGCCAUUGGACAGAUGGAAAGUAACGAUAAUGCCGAAGCGCAGUAGACUGGCCCGAUACCGUCAGCCGCGCGUGUUGUACGCGUACAAUUACGCCAGUAUCGGAGUGGACGCGCAAGUGGCUUUGGACUUCCACCACGCACGCUCGCAGUUUCUCUACAGAUACGCUAGUCGAACUCUUAAUUAUAUGGCUUACGCAUUCCUGGGAGUGGGGCGUGCGCUGGACGACGGCGGGUGCGGCGGGCUGGAGCGGCGCCUGUGUGUGUGGGUGGGCGGCGCCCGCGACCCGCUCGCCCUGCCCCCGCUGCAGGCACUCGUCGCGCUCAACAUCCCGUCCUGGGGAGCCGGCGUUGAUCUUUGGAGCAUGGGAAGUGAAGAUGGCGUGGGAGAACAAAGCAUCCACGAUGGAAAGCUUGAGGUGGUUGGAAUUUCCUCUUCAUUCCAUAUUGCGAGAUUGCAGUGCGGCUUAGCAGAACCCUAUCGUUUUGCACAAGCAUCUAGUCUGAAGAUUGAGUUGGAGGGAUCAUGUGCCAUGCAAGUGGAUGGAGAGCCUUGGAUGCAGGGCCCCGCUACUAUUUUAAUUGAGUCCGCCGGUCAAAGCCUUAUGCUGCGGGCAAAUGCGAAACAGCGUCGAAGUGAAUGAUCUGCAUACAAUACAAUUAAGAAAACACUGGACGAAAUACCCAGUGAUUUGAUUUAUGAACCUCAUUUGGCUUUAUAAUUACUUAAUUAAUUCUAGAUUGAAAUGUAAGGUGUUAGUUAAGUAAUAGUGUUUGACUUGUUAUUAUUUAAAUUAAAAUGAAAAGUCCCACCACUAAUCUUAGUGCCAUUUUUUGAUGCACACUUUAUUUAUAUGUCUGUUAAAAGAGUAUGGCAAUAUAUGAUAAAUUUUAAA